AACAAAGGUAAACACAAAUCAUAACUAAUCAUCAAAUUCAUGCUUCAUUUGAGAAAGCAAGUUAAACUAACAUAUAAAAUAAAUCAAAUUACUCAAAAGCAUUAAUAUAACGGCUUAAAAAUUGAAAAGGUGGCUCUAAGACAACACAAACAAAAACCAAACACAAAUUAGGCUCAAAGACCUGAACCACCUACAGGUCAGUUGGAGAGAUCCAAAUGUAGUGGUUUUUGGCCUGGCAAGACUUUCAAAAAUAAAUUUUAGGUCUCAGUUUAUGAGGAAGAAUCAAUAAGAUGUUAUCUUCAGUAUCAAAUAUAAUUCAAGUGCUUUUAUGUCAACAGCUUUACAUGGAAGUGCCUGUUUCUGAUGUGCUAAGUUUAGCAAUCAUAUAUGUGCAUGGUUCUUCAGUUUAUACUGCUAGAUGAACACGGUAGUUGGCUAGAUUUUGGUACAACAAAAUAUUAAAAAGUAAUGCUCCUUAUUUGGAGAUUUUUUUCCUUAAAUGAUUUAAAAGGAUCUCAUUUUUUUCAAUUCAUUUCAAUUGACCGAUAACCAAUUCAAGUCUGAACUCCAACGACUUGUCCAGGGAAAUUCCCAGUGAACUGGGAAAUCUAAGCCUGCUGUCCAAGCUCAACCUGAGCAGGAAUGAUUUGACAGGAGAGAUUCCUCGGAGUCUUGUCAGUUUGUUGUGAUAGAUUAUUGAGCUUGGACCUGAGCAACAGCAACCUAUUAGGUGAAAUACAGCUGGAGCUUGAAAACUUGAUUGAAUUGUGAUAUUUUUUUGGACCUUAGCAAUAAUUCACUCUCAGGAACUAUCCCUCAAAGCCUUGCAAAACUAUCAUCAUUGGAGAGAUUCCAUAAAGCAAAAGCAUUCUAAAACAGUUCUUUUAGCUGUCCUCAUCCCAGUCUGUGGCCUGUUAUUGCUUGCAGCCACUCUUGCCAGAUACAUAGUAUGUUACCGGAAAACCAAACUCCUCCAUGCAAAAAGCAGAAGAACUGGAGAGUCUGAAGAGAAGGCUGAGUCUAUGAUACAAGAAAGAGAGGGCAAAUUCAUAUUCAGCGAUAUUGUGAAGGCCACAGAGGACUUCAGUGAGAAGUACUGCAUUGGAAAAGGGGGAUUUGGAAGCGUAUACAGAGCAGCUAGCAAUGCCAACGGGUCAAAUUGUUGCAGUUAAAAGAUUUAACAUGUCAGAAUCCAGUGAUAUCCCAGCAGCCAAUUGCAAGAGUUUCUAGAACGAUUUUCGCAAGUCAUCAGAAGUUUGGCAUUGGAAUAUCAUUAAGCUUUAUGGGUUCUGUUCCAUUAGGAGGUGUUCUUGGUAUAUGAAUAUAUAGAGAGAGGCAGUUUAGGAAAUGUGUUCUAUGGGUUGGAAGGGAAAGCUGAACUGGACUGGGGUACACAGGUGAAUAUUGUACAAGGUGUGGCUCAUGCAAUAUCUUACUUGCACCAUGAUUGCUCUCCACUGAUUGUGCACCGAAACAUAAUUUUGAAAAACAUACUGCUGGAGUCAGGUUUCAAGCCACGGAUAUCAGAUUUUGGCAUUGCCAGACUGUUGAGCCCAGAUACAACUAACUGGACAAGAAUUGCUGGGGCUUAUGGAUGCAUGGCUCCGGGUAAGCUAAACUAUCCAACUGCUACAGGCUGUGUGUUUGGAGCAUCGGUAACCAGGAUUGCAAAUAGAUUUUCAUUUGUCAAGAAGUUUUGGAUUUCGUCUUAUGGAUGCACAGAGCUCACAGUGCAAGUGAUGGAGAAAUGCAAUGUUUUUAGUUUUGGAGUGGUGGCGUUAGAAGUUAUGAUGGGAAGGUACCCAAGGGAGCUCCUAGUUUCCUUGUCAUCAUCUCAAUCAACAGCAGCAAUAUCAGUUUCGGGCAGUGCAGAAUUUCUUUUAAAAGAUGUGCUAGACCAAAGACUCCCAACACAGGCAGGCAAAAUGGCAGAGGCGGUAGUAUUUGUUGUGAGCAUAGCCUUACUGUGUGUGCGUGACAAUCCACUAUCCAGAGUUAUGGACUCCCAUGCGCUUUGUGGCACAAGAACUGUCAGGUCGAAACCCGGUCUUGCACUUCUGAACCCUUUGACGCUAUCACCAUUAGCAAGCUUUCCAGCCCAGAAGAACUAAAGCAAAGUGGCAAUAGAGGUGAGUUGUAGUUUUGGUUUGACAGAGCUAUAGCUAAGCCUGGGAUGGAUUGGACCAUAUUUUUCUUUCCAUUCUAGGUACCAAUAAGCAUAAUAAGAUCUCUUUUUUUUCUU